AUGGCGAAGAAAGCAAAGUCCCGAACUAUCACCGUUCGGUUGAUCUCCAUGGCCAUGACUGGCUUCUACCGCACCAUGAUCCGGCCCCGCACGCAUCGACCGCUAUCCAUGCUCAAGUACGAUCCUGUCGUCAAGAAGAAGGUGCUUUUCCUCGAGGCGACCAAGGGUGGAAAGGCGAAAUAA